GGGAGAACAUCGAUGACGCCCUGCCAAACAUCGAUAUUACCUCUAGCGGACGUGGAACGCUAAAAUGUUGGACUUUGUGGUGAUAUUCACCAAGGGCGGCGUGGUGCUGUGGCACUCGAAUGCGUCGGGGAGCAGCUUCGCCUCGUGCAUCAACAGCCUGAUACGUGGCGUUAUCCUGGAGGACCGGAACACAGAGGCCAAGUACUUCGAGGAGGACCACCUGGCCGUGCAGUUCAAGCUGGACAACGAACUGGACCUGGUCUACGCGGCCAUUUUCCAGAAGGUGAUCAAGCUGAACUACCUGGACGGGUUCCUGGCUGACAUGCAGCUGGCCUUCAAGGAGAAGUUCGGUGGCAUUCCGGCCGCGGAGCGUCUGGGCGGCGACUAUGAUUUCGACCGCGAGUACCGUCGGGUGCUCAGUGCCGCCGAGGAGGCGUCCGCCAAGCAGGUGAAGGCGCCCAAGGCCAUGCGCUCCUACAAUGAGUCGCAAAAGUCCAAGAAGACCGUCGCCUCGAUGAUCCAGGACGACAAGAAGCCGGCCGAGAAGCGGGUCAACAUCCAGGAGAGCCCCCCGCCGUCCAAGUCGCAACAAUCGUCGCCGCCAGCCUCCAUGGACGACAUCAUACGGGAGAACCGGCGCAAGCUGCGCGAGAAGCUCACGCCCACCAAGAAGACCUCGCCCAGUGACCCCAAGCCCAGCAAGUCCACUGCCUCCGAGAAGGCCGGCAAGAAGCCGCGUGUCUGGGAUCUCGGCGGCAACUCCAAGGACGCCGUCAUGCUGGACCGCUCCAAGGAUACGCCCGAGGAUGUGCAGUACCAGAACAUAAACAGCGAGCUGGUGGGCACGAUGCAGGGUGUGAUUCGCGACUUGGACGUGGAGAGUGAGGACGAAGUCGAGGACGACGACGAGUCCUCUGAGGAGGAGGAACAGGUGCAGUCGAAGAAGAACAAACGCGGCGGACUGCUGUCCUACUUCAAGGGCAUUGUGGGCGCCAAAACCAUGUCGCUGGGCGAUCUGCAGCCGGCGCUGGAGAAGAUGCGCGACCAUCUGAUAUCGAAGAACGUCGCCACGGAGAUCGCGGCCAAGCUGUGCGACUCGGUGGCCACCAGUCUGGAGGGCAAGCAGAUGGGCACCUUCGACAGCAUCGCCAGCCAGGUGAAGGAGGCGCUGACCCAGUCGCUGGUCAGGAUUCUCUCACCGAAACGGCGCAUCGACAUCAUUCGCGAUGCCCUGGAGUCGAAGCGCAAUGGCCGACCGUACACAAUAAUCUUCUGCGGCGUCAAUGGCGUGGGAAAGUCGACCAAUCUGGCGAAGAUCUGCUUCUGGCUGAUCGAGAACAACUUUAACGUGCUGAUAGCGGCCUGCGACACUUUCCGUGCCGGCGCCGUGGAGCAGCUGCGCACACACACCCGCCACCUGAACGCCCUGCAUCCGGCGGCCAAGCACGACGGCCGCACCAUGGUGCAGCUGUACGAGAAGGGCUACGGCAAGGACGCCGCCGGCAUUGCCAUGGAGGCCAUCAAGUUCGCCCACGACACGCGGGUGGACGUGGUCCUCGUGGACACCGCCGGACGCAUGCAGGACAACGAGCCGCUGAUGCGCUCGCUGUCCAAGCUGAUCAAGGUCAACAACCCGGACCUGGUGCUCUUCGUGGGCGAGGCUCUGGUGGGCAACGAGGCCGUCGACCAGCUAGUCAAGUUCAACCAGUCGCUGGCCGACUACUCCUCCAACGAGAACCCGCACAUCAUCGACGGCAUCGUGCUGACCAAGUUCGACACCAUCGACGACAAGGUGGGCGCCGCCAUUUCCAUGACCUACAUCACCGGCCAGCCGAUUGUGUUCGUGGGCACGGGUCAAACGUACGCCGACCUCAAGGCCAUCAACGUAAACGCCGUGGUCAACUCGCUGAUGAAGUAGCUCCCUCCAGGCACCUAUCCCCUUCCUAAUGCUCUUUGUUUACCUUCCCUCUCGACCGAAUCAAAUACAAUGCUAUUGUCUAUUUUGUUGUUGAGUAA